UGGUAGAAGGGGGGAAGUGGUAUAGGUGGCAGAAGCUCCGGUAGGGGGGCGAGCGCUUGAACCGCACUUGUUUCUUUUCCCCAUUUCUAAUUCUCCAUUUCUUCUUUCUCUCUCUCUCACAUCCCAUUUUCUCUCUCUCUCUGCUCCCCCAAUUUGGGAUCUCUCCAUUCAAGAACAAUCCAGAUCUCCCACUCUCUUUCCGGACCCUAAUGGAGUACUGUUGAUUCUCUCCGCCGGCCCUCAUGAGCCACGGAUUCUGACCAACCACCACAAACCACCCACCCAUUCUACUUCGGGGCCACGGAGAUCUGCUGCUUCGCCCAAACGAGGAGAUGAGUGCGUCCAGGUUUAUAAAGUGCGUAACGGUUGGUGAUGGUGCUGUUGGUAAAACCUGUAUGUUGAUUUCAUAUACGAGCAACACCUUCCCCACGGACUACGUGCCUACCGUUUUUGACAAUUUCAGUGCCAAUGUUGUGGUUGAUGGGAGCACUGUCAAUCUAGGAUUAUGGGAUACUGCUGGUCAAGAGGAUUACAAUAGAUUAAGACCACUGAGUUAUCGAGGUGCUGAUGUUUUUAUUCUUGCUUUCUCUCUCAUAAGCAAGGCCAGCUAUGAAAAUGUUGCUAAGAAGUGGAUUCCUGAAUUGAGACAUUAUGCACCUGGUGUUCCAAUAGUUCUUGUUGGAACUAAACUUGAUCUUCGGGAUGACAAGCAGUUCUUUGAAAACCACCCUGGUGCAGUGCCUAUUACCACUGUUCAGGGAGAGGAGUUGAGAAAAGUAAUCGGGGCCCCAGCAUACAUUGAGUGUAGUUCAAAAACUCAGCAGAAUGUGAAAGGGGUGUUCGAUGCAGCCAUUAAAGUGGUGCUCCAGCCGCCAAAGUCAAAGAAGAAGAAGAAGAAGUCACAGGGUGUCUGUUCCGUAUUAUGAUCAAGGAAGAAUAUGCUUUGCUCGUGCCGGAAGAACGACUUCUCAUAUGUACUCGCCUUUUUCUCAGCAUAUCUUUAAUCCGUGUCAUCCCAAGGAAGCGGCGAAUGACGGGAUCGUAUCAUCAUCAUCGUAUACGGCCCCAGGCUGACAUUCCAAGAUGCAAAUAGAACAGUGAUGAUGUUUGUUUCUUAUUUUGCAAUCAGUUUGUUAGUAAUGACCAACAUUGCUAACCCCCCCAAUUUGUCUGUUUGAAUUGUUCAUGUAUUAAUGAGAUACCUAAAAGAACUGCUCCCUGGGCAUGAACAUGGUUUAGUUCUCGUAACGUAUAUUGUCUAAUUCCAUUCACAUCA